GUUCCUAGACGCCAUUUCGUAUUCAUCGGAUGCCAGUUUUCAACGACGUUGAAGGUAUUUAAGAUGUCCUUUCAGUAAGGCUUCCUGGUAAAAGCCUUUCGUUUGAUUGUGUGUGGCGGUUAGCGAAAAUCGGUCACGUUUCGCGACGUUCAGCAGACAGAGUAGCAACAUGGUGAAGAUCUUUGUUGGAAACCUGUCCCAGGAGACCACUGCCGAUGAGCUGAGAGCCCUCUUUACUCAGUAUGGGAAGGUUUCCGAGUGUGACAUCGUCAAGAACUAUGGCUUUGUGCACAUGGAUGAGAAGACCGAGGCGGACGAAGCCAUACGCAACCUGCAUCAUUAUGAGCUUCACGGCCAGCCGAUGAACGUGGAGAUCAGCCGCGGUAAAGUGAAGGCCUCCACCAAGCUGCACGUGGGCAACAUCAACAGCACUUGCACCAACCAGGAGCUGCGGGCCAAGUUCGAGGAGUACGGGCCUGUAGUGGAGUGCGACAUUGUGAAAGAUUAUGCCUUUGUGCACAUGGAGCGGGUGGAGGAUGCCAUGGAGGCCAUCAAUGGGCUAGACAACACCGCCUUCCAAGCGUGUGAUCUCAAAUCAUCUUCCUGCUCUGAGACUUCUAGAGAAACCAGUAUCCACCCUCAGUCUUCAAGUUACUCUCUGUCGCUCAAAGAUUUUGGCCAGAAAAAGGCCCGUAAAAGGAGCCGUUGGAGUAGCGAGACCCCUGACCAGAAGACGGUGAUCCCAGGCAUGCCUACAGUCAUCCCCCCUGGUCUCACCCGUGAGCAGGAGAGAGCCUAUAUAGUCCAACUGCAGAUCGAAGACCUGACUCGUAAACUGCGUACAGGAGACCUGGGAAUCCCCGUUAAUCCUGAGGAAAGGUCCCCCUCCCCUGAGCCAAUCUACAACAGCGAAGGCAAGAGGCUGAACACACGAGAGUACCGCACUCGCAAGAAGCUGGAGGAGGAGCGACACACACUCAUCACCGAGAUGGUGGGGCUCAACCCCGAGUUCAAACCUCCUUCUGACUACAAGCCACCGGCCAGCAGGGUCAAUGACAAAAUAAUGAUCCCUCAGGAUGAGUAUCCAGAGAUCAAUUUCGUCGGCUUGCUCAUUGGACCACGUGGUAACACCCUGAAAAAUAUUGAGAAGGAGUGCAACGCGAAGAUCAUGAUUCGUGGGAAGGGCUCUGUGAAGGAGGGCAAGGUGGGCCGUAAAGACGGACAGAUCUCGGCCGGGGAAGACGAGCCUCUGCACGCUCUCGUGACCGCUAACACCAUGGAGAAUGUGAAGAAGGCCGUGGAGCAGAUCAGGAACAUCCUGAAGCAGGGGAUCGAAACGCCGGAGGACCAGAACGACCUGCGCAAGAUGCAGCUCCGAGAGCUCGCCAGGCUGAACGGCACACUCCGAGAGGACGACAACCGGGUCCUGAGGCCCUGGCAGAACUCUGAGCCACGAAGCAUCACCAACACCACCGUCUGCAUUAAGUGCGGAGGCGCGGGACACAUCUCCUCCGACUGCAAGUUCACCAGCUCCUUUGCCCCCAGAGCAGGCGAGCCACAGUCAGCUCAGGAUAAGGCACGAAUGGACAAAGAGUAUCUGUCACUCAUGGCGGAGCUGGGCGAGGCCCCCGUCCCCUCGUCCACCGGGGGGUCUUCCCGUAGUAACCCCAGCGGCCCACGGGGGUCAGGGCCGAGCAACAACCAGCCCCCUCCAAAUCGCCCCCCCUGGAUGAACAGUGGCGGCCCUUCAGACAGCAGGCAUUUUCCCAGCAUGCACGGCGGCCCAAGCAAUCACGGGGGCCACCACAACUUCCCCCCUCCCAUGCCAAGCAUGGGGGGGAUUCCCAUGCCGCCCAAUCACAAUGGGCCGCCCCCUCCCUGGAUGCAACCACCCCCACCUCCGAUGAAUCAGGGGCCCGGGCCGCAGGGACACCCCCCUAUGGGUGUUUCCUCUGACCUACCUAUAGGUAUGAUGCCUCCGCCCAUGGGGAUGAUGCCUCCGCCCCCUCCCCCUCCUAGCGGCCAGCCUCCCCAUCCCCCGUCCGCCCCCAUGCCCCCCUGGCAGCCGCAGGCACCCCCGCCUCCCCCGACGAGCAGCAUGGUGACCAGUGCACCGUUGCCGUGGCAGCAGAAUACCACCACCACCUCAAGUCCAGGCUCUGGCAACCUGCCUCCAUGGCAACAGCAGCAGUCUGCAGGGGGAGCAUCCGCCCAGCCCCCACCCCCCAUGGGCAGCUCAUCUUUAGUGCCCCCUCCGCCAGGGGUGAAUCCCCCAUUGCCGCCUGGUGCCCCGCCUCCCCCGCCUCCACCACCCCCACCGGGAUCUGCCGGCAUGAUGUACGCCCCUCCCCCCCCUCCGCCUCCCAUGGAUCCCUCCAACUUUGUCAACAUGAUGGGGAUGGGGGUGCCAGGCAUGCCCCCAUUCGGCAUGCCCCCGGCCCCCCCUCCGCCCCCCCCCCAAACUUGACUCCACACACCGUACGAGGCAUAUUAAUCUCCUCUCAUUAGUCUUGUAUAGUCUGUACACAGACCGAAGGACUAUAUUAUUUCACAAGUCUUUCAUAGGUUUAUAGUUUAUGGUUUUAUGUACAUGUCAUUGACAGAGUUUAAUUUAAAGGGAAACGCCAUUUGGGAAGAUACUGGGUUGAUUUUGGGAGCUUAGAGCCUGCAGUUAAUGUAGAUUCCUCAGCGGCAAUGUCCAGCUUGGACCCAUUAUCCACGAAGUGGAAGUGUUUGCCAGGUCUGUUUUUCACCUGCUGGCGACCAAGAAGUUUGCUUUCAAAUUGUAGCGUAAGUGCUGUUUAAUUACCCCUACAGAAGUGUUUUUGUAAAAUGCAAGAGAUUUUAAAAGCUCCGGUUUGCAGCCUGCUUCCUUACACCAAUGGUUCCUCGGUAUUUGUGUUAAGCAUUUAGAUGGAUUGAGUGAUACAGAAUAAUCGCACAUGACCUGCUCAUUUUUGAGGCGGUCUGGAGACGGUAGGAAUUCUCAUCUGCGGCGUGUAUUAUCGAGGAUCUACAGCAUCACUGCGAAUGAUGGACGUCCACUUCAGCUUAGUCCACAAUCGAUUUGAACUGCCUGACAUUUACUGUGGGUCAGAAACUUCAGUAAGUGGUUUCAUUAAAAUGCUCCGUCUUGCACUGGGCUCUUCAGUUAACGCAGGCACCAGGCCAAACCAGUAAUUUUAGAAUAUGCCAAAACGGUAAAUGCUUUGCAGGGAAAUGCUCCCCCCUUUAUUGUUUUGUGGAAGACUUGAGGUGCAAAUCGACUUGAUGUUAUGUUUCAGAACCCCUCCCUCUGUUAAAAUGCAUAUAUAUAUAUAUAUAUAUUUUGUCUGAUUGCGAUUCUCAUAUGGCUGUACUGUGAACGAUCCACAUUGUUCGUGCAGGCCAUACUCCCUCAUGGUCUCUGCAUUCAUGCCUUUUACGCUUUUUAAUUAGCAAAGUUUCCGUCACGUCAUCCAGUUUGGGCGAAGUUUUUAGGCUUUUUUGUUAGUUUUUUUUUUGUUAAGGAUUUGCUGGACAAAAACAGAUUGCCUUUCUACUGGCUAUAGACAUGCUUAGAACAGCCGGAGAGAAGCCGCUGAAGAGACUCUCCCCCACUCGGUAGAAAGUCGUGUAUAUUUUGUCCUUUAUCAACUUGUAUUGUCUCUUCACAUGAAUCCUGCCUGGACGCUCUUCAUGUCGUGCCCUUGAUUGUAAAAUGUCAAUUACAGUUUGCAGUUGAAAGCUUUGUAAGCUGUUGUUUUUUUUCGCAUUGUCUUGUGUAUACAUUCUUACCUUUUGUGCUUACUUUUGUUAGUCUUCACUUGGUUAGAAUAACUGAUCCCAGAAGUUACGAUUGUCGGCAUUUGGGUCCUACCCUUAAAGAUUAAGGCACGCGCAGACACGCCAGACCGUAGGUGAGGCGCUGUAGCGCUUCGCUUUAAACACUAACCGUAAUCCAGUGUGAAGUCUCUACUCCCUGAAUUUUCUUUUCCCAUUUCUUUCCACAAUAAAGGCUGUCAAGCACAUGUAAACUGUG